UGUAAUUGUGAGUGAACAAGCAACAGAGAGAAGGUUAAUUCGAGCGACUGACUUCUCUUAGUUUUGGAGAUUCGAGCACCAAAAUUAUGGGAGCAACAGAAAGAAGAUUAUGAGCCCCUCAAACUGUAAGUUGGGUGUUACAAUAGAUAGAGCUGUAACUGAGCAUGUUGUAAUAAAUAUGCAGAGAAUUAUGGAUGUUACAACUGCCAUUGCUCAGUAGCUCUCUAUCAAUAGAGACAGCAGAACGAAGCAAAGCUUUGGAGGUUCCUCCAUCUCUCUUCCCUUUGCCCUCCCAAUCAUGGCUGCCUUCUUACUUCUCCUCCUCAUUCCUCUCUCCUCUCUUAGCCCUUCAGAUGCUGCUUGGUGCGUCUGUAGAUCUGACAUGAGCACCACUGCCCUGCAAAAGACACUGGACUUCGCUUGUGGAGCUGGAGCUGACUGCACUCCCAUUCUCCAAAAUGGAGCUUGUUACAAUCCCAACACAGUGCUCGCUCACUGCUCCUACGCUGCCAACAGCUACUACCAAAGGAAGGGGCAGGCACAGGACGCCUGUGAUUUCAGUGGCACGGCUGUGCUUUCCUCGACUGACCCUGGGGUUGCAGGAGGAAAUGGCUGCAGCUACACUGCAACUCCCAGUGCUUUAGGCUCCUCAACGACUCCAACCACUCCAGAAGGCGCUAGUAGCAUGCCAACAAACUCUAGCUCAUUCACUCCCAGCACCACCACAGGGACUGGAGGGGUGUUCGGAGUUGUCCCCACAGGUACUGGGAACUUUGAUGCCAGUGAUGCAGCCCUGCUUCCAAACAAAAUGCUGAUUAUGCCUUCUCUCCUCUUCAUGUUCACUGCCCUCUUUGCCUCUCUUGAGAAUUUCAUCUGAACUGAGAAGGUGGGUGGGGUGGUUCAUGACUUCACGGUUGGUGUGUGGAUCCAUGGGAUUUUGUUGUUUUGUGGCAAAGAAAAGACUUUGAUUCCUUUUGGGUGAUUGGUGGGUGUUGUGGAUGGGGAAGAGUGGCAAUGUAAUUGUAUUGUUCUUCACAUAUGGUCCCUUGUAUUGAUUGUCAGCUAGGGACGCUGUUAUAGAUUAGUGUUCAUAUGGGGGAUGCUUGCAUUGAUCAGCCUCCUUUAUCGGUCAAUGUAAACUUUGGUUAGCUGACAUUCCUCCCCAAUUUGGGUUUUAUUGGCCAUAUAUAUGUGGUCGUUGAGUACUC